CCGUUCUGCCCGCCCCGUCCUGCUACAGAUAGCGAACAGGCCAUGAUUUGGAAGAUAUUCAUUCAUGAAUUUUAUGACGAGCUUCAGAUUAAAGCCACUUACGACAAAUUUGUCGCUUCCAACCUCAUUCAACACAACACCAACACACCUGAUGGUCGCGACGCUGCUGUGUCAGUCAUCGAGGGACUACUGGAAGGGUCACAGCUGGACAGAGUUCACACAGUUGUACAGGACAACUUUGCAUUUAUUCACGUAAAGAUAACACCAAAGACGGGUCCCAUCGGUGCGUUCGCCGACCUGUACAGGAUGGAGGGUACCUGUAUUGUGGAGCAUUGGGAUGUCAUUCAAAGUCUGCCGCCAAAUGCCACAAAUCCGCAUCCAUUG